AUGUCUGUUACAGAUACACUAGGGCCAGUCUUCACACUUCUCAUAAUUGUCAAUGCCAUGAGCACAGCCUUGCCACUGCUAUGGCAUCGCUUUGCCUGGUAUUUUCUGGUGUUUAUCUCCUUUGGCCUUGCCGGUCUUUUUCUGAUGAUGGCCAUUAUUUUUCUCCUUGCGGACGCGACAGUUUCACUCUACGAUGUUAAUGCCAAGGGACAGGUGAAACCACAGACGACGGUUCCAUUUGACCCAGCAACUUUUUUUCUAGUUAACGUGACUAUGACCACGUUGAUGGCCACCGCGGUGCUGGCGAUGGUGGCGUGGCUCUGCCAUCAGUCUCGCAAAGGCUGGUAUGUCUACAUCGUACCGAUGCUGCGUGACCUCAACAUACUCGAGCAAACUGUUUGGUUCAAUGCGCUGGAUCUACGUGACCGCAUCGUUCCAAACUCACUGUGA